UCCCUUCUAGAGUUCAUGAAGCUGCUGGAUAACUAUGAAAGGUCCGCUGGUGUAGCCGAGAAGGUGACUAGUGAAGAAGCUGAGAAUAACGCUUUCCUGGAUGCCAUCUUAGACACAGCGGUUAUGAAGAGGGCUCACCAGUAUUUAGUUCAAAAGGGAAAAUCAAACUCAGACCUAAGGCAGUUCAAGAGUCAGCUGUACUACAUGUGGUUCCGACUUCACCACAGAGAUCGGACUGGAGGGGCAGACUCCAGUGGCUUUGAACAUGUGUUUGUUGGCGAGACAAAAUCCGGCAGUGAUAUUAUGGGUCUCCACAACUGGGUCCAGCUUUACCUCCAAGAAAAGCAAAAUCUCCUUGAUUAUAAGGGUUACAAAGCAACAAGAAAUGAUAUGCCGGAUGCAGAUGAUCAAGUCUUGAAUGUGCAGUUCAGCUGGCAUGGCCUGCUGAAGACAGUGGGCAGUACUUUCAUUGGUGUCAGUCCUGAGUUUGAGAUGGCAGUGUUUACCAUCUUCUUCCUGACAUCCACCGAGAAAACCAGCACUGCGGUGGUGAAUAUGGACCAAUACCAACUGGAGCUUGUUGUCAACCGACGUGGACGCUCCAUCGGCACUUCCUACCCCAAGCUACUGAGCAGCAACAACAGACACAUACUGUACUGAGCAACUGAGCUUUGCUUUUAAACAGAUGAUUUUUCUGCUUGUAGCAUUCUAGAGACUCUGCUUGUAGAUUCAUCUUGAUAGUUAAUAAAAAAAAAAUAGACAGUAUUUUUACAUUGUUUCUUAGAAUAAGCUAGCAUCUUUUAAAAACCAGUACAUGUAGCAUGUGUCUGAGCAUUAAAGACAUUUUUAUUUGACAAAAGUAACUGAUAAAAAAUUUGUCCUUGCAUUUAGAACAAACAAAACAACUCUUAAUUGAAGAGAAUGCCAUUUGAAAGAUAAUACAUAAAUUGUGUGUUUUGCAUAAUGGAAUUUGACCAUUGUUAAUAAAUCUAUAGCAAAGUAAAA